AUCAGGCAGCUCUGGAGGAAAACCACAGGGUGACAGAGGCUACUCCCGGGGGCCCACGGUCAGACGAGGACAGGAGAGGGUGGUCAGCGCCGGAUGGGAUAAAGAUGGCCGAGCGCUCGGGCAGCAGUGCGGGCCUCCUGGCCAAGCAGAUGCAGAAGAAGUUCAGCCGGGCCCAAGAGAAGGUGCUGCAGAAACUGGGGAAAAUAGCAGAAACCAAAGAUGAACGCUUUGAACAGGCUGCCCAAAACUUCCACCAGCAGCAGGCUGAAGGCCAAAGACUGUACAAGGACUUGAAACAUUUCCUUAAUGCUGUCAAAGUGAUGCACGAGAGCUCAAUGAGACUGUCCCAAACUCUGCAGGAGAUCUACAACAAUGAGUGGGAGGGCUACAGGGACCUGAAAGUCAUUGCAUCGAACAAUAAUCUCCUGUGGGAAGAUUAUGAAGAAAAACUGGCUGACCAGGUUGUGAGGACCAUGGAGAACUACAUCUACCAAUUCAAUGACGUUAAGGAGAGAAUUUCCAAGCGGGGUCGGAAACUAGUAGAUUAUGACAGUGCCCGGCACCACCUCGAAGCAGUACAGAAUGCCAAGAAGAAGGACGAGGCUAAAACCCUCAAGGCAGAGGAGGAGUUUGUCAAAGCACAGACAGUGUUUGAGGACCUGAACCGGGAGCUACAGGAAGAACUGCCUCUUCUCUACAGCAGCCGAAUUGGCUGCUAUGUGACCAUCUUCCAGAACAUCUCCAACCUCCGGGAUGUUUUCUAUAAGGAAAUGAGCAAGCUGAACCAUGACCUAUAUGAAGUGAUGAGCAAACUGGAGAAGCAGUAUUCCAGCAAAGUCUUUGUGGUCAAGGGAGUGUCCAAGCAGCGAAGCUCCUUGGUCAUCUCAUCUCCAAUCCCUAGAUCCAGUGUUUCCAUAACCUCUGGGGAGGGCAGCCCUCUCACCUCCCCCCGUAGUCCUUCUCCUGCGAGUUCUUCUCCCAGAAGUCCCUCUCCUGCAAGCCUCUCUCCCAGAAGUCCCUCUCCUAUCAGCCCUCCUACUGUCACCUCCCUCUUUUCCUUGAAGAGGGAAAGAGAGUCAGUCUUGGAAGAUGAAAAUGCUCCAGCUAUGGAACUAACCCAGAAAGAAGACUCCCCUGAAUUCCAUAAUGACCCCUUUGAAGAAGAGAAGAGAGGGGACAUAGGUGACCCCAGUGUUGAAGAAAAGUUUGUGUCACCCUGCAAUGGCCCAACUAGGUCACGACCUUCUUCUGUAGUUCAGGCUGAGCUACAAGAUGAAGGUUCCUCCUCUCACACAGCUCCAGUAUCCCCUGGAAUCUUGCCUUCUCCCGAGGAGGUUCCAUUACCAACCCCAGGAGUCUCCCAACCCCUAUCCCCUAAUGAAGGAUCAGGCCCGGUAAGGGAGAGAACGCCUAGUUUCAAAGCUUUUAUAGCCCACAAUAAGCCACCUCCUCCUAAAGCCCUUCCCAGCUCAGGGCCCUUACCUGAUCUCAAGCCAGCUGAGAAGCCAAGACCACAGACACCUGAAGCCAGCCAAGGGGAUGGCAGUCCCAGAAGUUUUAAGGAGCAUGUUGCCCCUACUUCACCGACCACACAGGAUUCCUCUGAACUUGGCACCAAGGAGGAGAUAAAGAGUGAAGAGAGCAGGGAACCAGACCAGAGUAAGAAGCGGGAUUCAGACAUUUCCCUUCAGAUGAAGGAAUGUCCGAAUGAGGAAAAAAAUUGAGUGAGAACUUCCCAACCAAGACCCCCACACCUUCCCAUCCCAGCUUCCCAAACUGGGGAAGUGGCAGUGAGAACAAGAAGCCAAAAGGCCAAGGAGACCACACUCCAGUGGCCUCCCUCUCUGGGCAUGGGAAUGCUGGCCUUCAAAAACCUAAGGGAGGAGCAGCCAUGGGUGAGAAGGGAAGGAGAGGGGUCAUUGGCAGGAAGAAUGUUUGACCCAGACAAUACUGAAGUCAAGUUUGGGAAUUGUUAGCAUAAUGAAGGCUGGUUUUCUUUUUCUCUUUAGUGAAGUGGGGCUUUGGGGAUUGGAACAAAAAGCACACACACACACACACUAUCACACAGACUCCUGUACUCACAUAGAAACACACACCACGAACAGUUGAACAUGACUUAAAAAGCCAGGAAGGUCAAUUUUCAGAGUGUUAAAGGUAAAUAAACUAACUGUGGUUCUGAGUA